ACCUAGCGAGAAAUGAAAGAACAACUUGCGUCAGUCGUGCUGCGAAAAAAGAAAAACAAACAAAUGUCGCAGCCUGAGACGAAUUCAUCUUCUCGAGGGAAAAGUCGAAGAGAAGGAGGAAAACAGUCUUUGUACAAACCAUCACGAGAUGAAAGAGAUCGUUCAGGAUAUGGCUCAAAUUAUCGUGGUAAAAAUAGGCAAUCUGCUAACGUCGAUAUCGCUCCUCCUACGAUCCUUUUGAAAACAAGAGCCAACGAAACUAGAAGCUUGUCACCUGUGCAUCAAGUAAAAACAUCGGUUAGCGGUGAAAAUUUGAGCAGAAACGCAUUCAAGAUUCCUGCUAGAAAAGAUGAUUCUGACAAUACAGCCACAGUUAUCAUGACAGCACCUGUCAAGCUUCUCAGUGAAGACUUGGCCUUUCAAGAUUCUCUCCAUGAAUUCCUUACAGAUAAUCCAGAUUUUCUGGUGGUUGGUUGUGUUGGUCUACAGUGGUCAGGAAAAUCAUCUGUUCUCUCACACCUAGCAGCAUCAAAUUGUAGGACCAUCGUCAAACAAACCAUGUUCUCCAUUGCUACAUCACAUCUGCAAAUGAAAGGCUUGACGGGGACAAUAGGCUUGGAUGCUUAUGUGACUGAAGAUCGUGUAAUCUGGUUAGACUGCCAACCAUUACUCUCUGCUGCAAUUGCAGAAAGAGAAAUUGUUGCAAACUACUCCAAGGAUACCUAUAAGGAAAAUCUCCCAAAGCUGGAAUCAUCCUGUGUGGGAACAUCAAUGGAGGUUCAAUCCCUACAAUUGUUGUCAUUUCUUUACUGCAUUUGCCACAUCCUUAUAGUGGUGCAAGAUUCUCUUGGAGAUCCCAACCUAAUCAGGUUACUUCAAACCGCUGAAAUGCUGAAGCCUAAUUUGGCUAGCGAAGAUUCUGUUGUCGAUCAUAUGCCUCACCUGGUGACGAUCUACAAUCGAGCCCAACCGAGUGAUCUUGUCCCAGAGAUGCUGAAACAGACUCACAAAUUUUAUAAAAUGGCUUUCAAGAAAUCGAGGCUUCAGAUCUCUAGCGAACAAUUCAGUGACUCAUUCAAAACGGAUGAUGGCGCCAAUUUUGUCUCGUUACUCGACUGGACCUCGGCAAACGAUCAAUGGACGAGCUACGAGGAAACUAUUCCACAAUUGAAAGCGAAGCUGCUAGCCCUUCCUAGACAUUCAUUUGGACCUGCCGGAUUAACGGAAAAAUCAUGGUUUUCCUUUGCCAUUAAAGCCUGGGAAGCAGUCAGGAAAUCAACACUAAUGAUGGAAUACGCUCGUUUGUUACAGUGAACCGAAUAUUUGUCCAUAGAAUACAAAUCAAUUAAAUCUUU